UGUGUGCACAGUGCCUCUUGUCUCUUGCACAAUCUCUGUUCCGAGACCAAACAGCUGCUAGCUGCACCCUGCUUUUGCACCAGCUGCGGCACUCUGCACAUGCUCAGAGGCUGCCUUGGGGGUCCCUUGCCAAAUAAGGCAACCCCCCUUUUUUUGGCUGAUCCUGGUGGGCCCCAUUUUCAAACGGGUUCCUGGCAAUGGAGUUUGCAGAGUUGAUAAAGACCACCAAAGUGGACAAUGUGGUCUUUUCGCAUCCAGGGCUCGAACCCGUUGCAGGGACCCUCUGUAUCACCAGCCAUCACUUGCUUUUAUUCGGAAGCCGGGAGGAAAACCAGAUUGAGCUGUGGCUCCUCAUCCGCAAUGUGGACGCCAUUGAGAAAAGGCUUGCAAACGCUUCGUGCUCCCUGACUCUCAAAUGCAAAGACUUGAAGGUCUUGUACCUGGAGAUCCCUGGGAUGGAGGAAUGUCUCAACGUAGCCAGCUCCAUUGAGGCCCUCUCCUCAGUGGAAUCGGUGAUGAUGAUGUACCCCUUCUUCUACAGACCCCAAAGCAUGAGGCUGGCAAGCAGGGGGAAGCAGCCCCAUGCCCUGGAAAAAUACUACCAGCAAAUAGCUUGUCAUACAGGCACCUGGAGGCUAAGUGAUGUCAAUGAGGAUUUUGAGGCAUGCCCUUCGUAUCCCACCUUAGUGGUGGUGCCCUCUUCGGUGGACGAUGCUGCCCUUAGGAAGAGUGCCCGCUUCCGCCAAGGCGGACGGUUUCCCAUCCUGAGUUAUUACCACAAGAAGAACGGCACAGUGAUGCUCCGCAGCAGCCAGCCCUUGGUGGGGCCACACCGGAAGCGCUGCCCAGAAGAUGAGGGGCUGCUGGACGCAGCAUUGGAUGGAAGGAGCCGCGGCUUCGUCCUGGACACCCGCUCGGCUCAGGCAGCCAAACAGGCCAAGAUGAUGGGGGGUGGCACCGAGCACCGGAGCGCCUACACCGGGUGGAAGCGGAUGCACAGGGCCCUGGACAGAGGCCGCCCCCUCCAGGAAAGCUUCGUCAAAGUGGUGGAGACUUGCAAUGACCCCUCGCUGACCAUGGACCGCUGGCUCAGCAAGUUGGAGGCCUCCAAAUGGCUGGCCCACGUCAAGGAGGCCCUCGGUGCCGCUUGCCUCGCUGCUCAGUGCAUGGACAGGGAGGAAGCCUGUGUCCUGGUGCAUGGAGCCGAGGGGAUGGAUGCAACCCUGUUGGUGACUGCUCUGGCCCAGGUCAUCCUGGACCCUGACCGCAGGACGAUGGUCGGAUUCCAGGAGCUGCUGGAGCAGGAAUGGAUACAGGCCGGGCACCCCUUCCACCUCCGCUGUGCCCACGCAGCCUAUUCUCAUGCCCGACUCAAGCAGGAGUCCCCCAUUUUCCUCCUGUUUCUGGACUGCGUCUGGCAAUUGGGGCGACAGUUCCCCUUGUCACUGGAGUUCAACGAAGCUUUCCUGCUGGCGCUGUUUGAGCACAGCUACGCCUCACCGUACGGGACAUUCUUGUGCAACAACGAGAAAGAAAGGAAGCUCUGUGACGUGGAAGGCAAGACCCACUCCCUUUGGCCCUGGAUCCACAGCGAAAGGCAGAAGUUCCUGAACCCACUGUUUGCCCCCAACCCCUUGGUCAUCUGGCCUUCCGUGGAGCCCCAGAGCAUCCUCCUCUGGCAAGGUUUGUUCCUCCGCUGGGUGCGUUCUUCCCAUUACAUAGAUGAAGCAUGGACAGAAAUCCAGAAAAUAGCAAAUCACAAAGCCUACCCACAACAUCCGAGUGGGGCAGCAUCAACACAAACUGAAGCACAAACCCUUUCAGAAGCAGAAACAAAGGCUCAUCUAUGAACUCACCUGGCCUGCACUUUCUCCCAGAUUUUAAGAAUAAGGAACUACCAAGGGAAGCAAAAGCUUUGCACUUGACGCUGGCCACAAAUAGUGAACACAGCUGCGGUGUGCAAUGUAUAUAUGUGUAUGUUGGGAAGAGAUGCAAAGCAUUACAGACUCUUGUCUUUAAACUGUUACAAUGAAAAUGAAAAGUGGUAUGUUGGUUAAAGCCCCCACACCAUUUUUUUAUUAGUUGCCAAAAUAUUUCUAUCAAUGGAACCAAGCAGUAAAGGACAAAAGGGUGGGGUGCGUUUCUCCAAGAAAAUUAGAGAACAUUAGGGGCUGCGGUAGCACAACGGGUUAAAAACCGCUAACUGCAGGAAAUCUGCUGACCAAAAGGUCAGCAGUUCAAAGCUGUGAGUUGGGGUGAGCUCCCGAUUGUCAGUCCCAGCUUCUGCCAGUUUAGCAGGUCUUUUAAAUGUCAGGAGCAACUUGAGAAACUGCAAGUUGCUUCUGGUGUGAGAGAAUUGUUUGUCUGCAGGAAAUUGCUCAGGGGAUGCCUGGAUGUUUUACCAUCCUGUGGUAGGCUUCUCUCAUGUCUCCACAUGAGAAGCUAAAAGAGGGGAGCUCACCCCGCUCCCCGGAUGCGAACUGAAGACCUUUCGGUCAGCAGUCCUGCCAGCACAAGGGUUUAACCCAUUGUGCCACCGGUGGCUCUUAACCUAUUAGUUCGAAAGCAUGCAGUGCGAGUAGAUCAAUAGGGACUGCCUCAGCGGGAAGGUAAAAGGGUGCCCCAUGCAGAUAUGUCAGCAACACAAUCAGGGAUGUCUAUGGACAACAGGCUCCUUGACACAGAAAAAUGGAACAAGAGCGCUUCCACUUUGCCAAAGUUGAGCAUCACCUCCAGAUGCCAGAGAUGGAAAAAGGGGAAGGCCUGUGUCUGUGUUGUAUGUCCUUGUUCACUGUGUGUAAAAGAAUUGAAUGUUUGCUUCAUAUGUGUAUAUUUGUAAUCCACUCCGAGUCCCUCCGGGAAGAUAAAGCGGAAAAUAAAUAAAGUGUAUUAUUAUUAUUA